GGUAUACUCAAAAGAUUCAGAACUCAACAAAAAAUGGAAAGAACAGGUUGGAUUUUGGUGACCUCUUGUUUAGUUGCCCUUGUGGCUUCUCAGGGUUGUCCAGAUGAUGAUUUAAACCUUAAGAAAUGGUCUGACGACGCAACUUGGAAUGGACAGCUUCCACAGGAGGGGGACAGUCUUGUCAUACAAGAUGGCGACUCCUUCCUUCUGGAUACCUCCCCGCCUCCUCUGGACUCUAUCACCAUAGAGUUCGGCGGGAAACUGGUCGUUGCUGACGGCAUGGACAUAAAGCUGAGUGUCAAGUACAUCUUGAUCCGCGGGGAGAUGCACGUGGGCUCGGAAGACUGCAAGUUUACAGGAAAACUCCAUAUUACACUGCGAGGUAACCUUGGUGAGUAUAAGGUUGACGGUUUUGGGGAGAAGUUCAUCGGAGUAGCUGCCGGGGGAGUCCUGGAGAUCCAUGGGGAAUACCGUCUGCCAUGGACCAAACUCGCCUCCAAUGUCAAGGCCGUCGAUUUUAUCUCCAAUGUGAAGAAUAUUGCAAUAAACGCCAAUAAACAAGACAAUGCUGAAGUGAAAGACGACGAUGAAGAUGACGAGGGAAGCGAUGACGUUGAAAGCGAUGACGACAAAAGCAACACGGCUGAUGCAACGACGGACCCCAAUGUUAGAGAAAGUAUCAAAAUGGAGGCGCUUGUUAUUUAUGUUUUCAAUGAACAAACUGGUGUUAUGGAGUCGGCUGCUCGGUUAGUGACCACCGGUGGUAAACCCAAAGAUUUUCCAAAAAAAGUCGAAGAGGCAAGAGAAGUUCUGGACUCUAUUCCUGCUGGACGCAUCGUCGCCAUUGCUUUGAAGAGACGGUUCCGUGUGGGUAAGGUGGACACUUCCGGACUGUUCGAUAUGUUAGAGCAGUGGGCGUACGGGGCGGUGGACGGCUCCUCACUCAAAUUCCGGGACUACAAAUUCCACGGCGCAUGGGCCAUGAUUAAAAAACAAGGUGACGAUUCAUCAAUCCAAGAACUUCUUCUGAAUGAUGACGGUAAACCCCUACGUAUUGCGGAACUCUACCACAUGGAGAACGGCCUCAAGUUCAGCGUCCGUAGCUGGGUCCACACGGUCCGACGUAACCAGUGCUACUGUCGGGGAAAGUCCAGCUCCCUCUCCAUCAUCAACUUGGUGGACGAUGUGCAAACUUGGAGGAAAGGUGAUCAAGUUGUGCUUUUAUCUACUGACUUCGACUGGGAGCAAAGGGAAUUCGGAAAUAUCAUUGACUGUCCCUCUUGUACCUCGAACCAACUGCAACUUGAUCUUGAACCACGGUUUGAUCAUUUUGGCGAGAUCUACAAAAAUGUUGACAUGCGCGGCGAGGUGGCCCUUACCAACCGAACCAUAGUAAUAGAGGGAGAGGCGGAUGCUAAUGGCAAAAAAAUGGGUGGACACAUCAAGUUUCUGAAGGGUUUCAAAACAGUCCAGGUAAACAACGUGGAAUUGGUUCGCAUGGGCCAGCAGACGUCACUAGGCAACUACCCGCUCCACUUCCACAUGUGUGGAGAUGUGGAUGACAGAGAAAAGCCGUCCCUGUUGAGUGGAAACAGCAUCAGGGAUUCAUUUGCGCGCUGUAUCACCGUCCACGGCAGUCAUGGUGCUCAGGUGAAAAAUAAUUUCUGCCUCAACACCCUGGGUCAUGGAUACUUCCUGGAAGAUGGCGGGAGAACAGUCCUGGACGGCAAUCUGGGUGCAGGACAAAAGAGAAGUUCGCUCAUUGAAACAGACAAAUUCCCGACAACAUUUUGGAUCACCAACCCUCAGACCUACGUUAGAAACAAUGUGGCUGCUGGCGGGGAGGGUCAUGGGUUUUGGUUUGUCUACCCAAAUCAGCCAUGGGAUGCCUCAAAAGGUCUUGGAAUGAUGGAGCUUUAUGAAGCAAUGCAUACUGCAAUUUUUGAAUUUGAUAAUAAUGUGGCGCAUUCCUAUAAAAAGAGUGGGUUAUUCAUCGACAACAUUUUGAAAGAAGACGGAUCACUUGGAAACACCAACACGUAUGAGCCCUGGAACGAUCCCAAAGAUCCCGACUCCGGCGCCAAGAUGGUCACAAUAAGCCGACUUACAGCAUAUAAGAACAUGAAACAGAACGCUUGGAUCAAUGGCGGCUACAUCAAAGUAACCCAAUCAUCAUUUUCAGAUAGUAUAAUUGGGUUAACAUUUAAAAGGAGUUCUCCCCAGGAACAGUUACUCGACCACAGCGUCUUUGUUGGGGAUUCCCCCAACAUUGGAUCCGCCUCAGUUGUUUCGAAGUUCAAAACAUGGGGACGAUCCGUACCUUUGGAAUUUGCAGAUCAGCCCCGACAGGGUUUUGUAUUUUACCAUGGACCUGUUUACGUCAGUGACACGUGGUUUGGAGAUUUCGCCGACACAGAUAAUUAUAGAUCGGGAGCUUUGGGAUUUCAGCGAGACAACGAUGGUCACAGCUCGCCAAUCAGCGCGAUCAGCGGAAUCAAAUUUGCGUUUUCAGAUCCAUUGGAGGGUAACAGAGUGUUUGACGGAAACGCCACCGACACAGGGUUUACUGAAAACGACGGAGAUUUGAUUGGGACUUUCCGAGACACCGAUGGUACUGUUUACAAGGCGGGCGCCCAGAUCGUCAAAGAUAUUCUUUUCCACUCGACGCCAAACUGUGUCCAAAGAACCAAUUGGAAAAUGAUGGCUUGUGAAGAGACCUUUGGACAGGUACGUUUAUCGUGGGGUUCUUGGGGCUGGAAAGCGAAAAAUGGUGCGUCUGAUGUUUCUAUAUACCGCGAUGACCUCCCGGAUAACCCUAUUGCAGCCGAUUCCAAGCAGCAGGCGCCGUUUAUGGCGUUACUGGGAGGCCAGUAUAGCUAUAUGGCAAGAAUGAACGGGAAUAUGCCAAAAAGUGUCAAGUUUACCGCACUUGGUUUUACAAAAGCACAAACGGCCCGUGUCGGAUUAUGUGUUCCUCGGGAUGCCACUGUCAAGGUCAAAUUUCUUGACUUAUCGGACAGCUCGUGGAAAAAAGGAUCAGAAGUUACGUCCCUUGAUGAGUUGGAUGCUAGUACCAAUCCGACAGAUUUUUUCGCAGAUUCUGAAGUCGGGGUUGUGUUCUUCAAACCGAUGCACGAUCGAGAGUACACCUCUACCGAUCUGACGGACUGUCUAGACAGUACCUGCCCAUCUGUGACGGUGACAGUGAGUGGUGGAGACUCCACAGACUCGGACUGUAUCUCCCGAGCAUAUCCGAAGUACCAACGGGAAUCCUCGGACGUUUCUCUGGAACCUGACACGACAUCCCUACCAUUGGCGGAUCUGUAUCCACCAAGUGGCUGGGGUGCCGGAUCCACUCGAGAUUGACAGUUGUACUAUGACAACUGAAAAUUAGGACUAGAUAUACAUGUAUCUGUAAUAAAUCAUAUCAUUACUAUUAUUUAAUAA